AGAGAAGGAUUACCAGCGAGAACACAUCAGCCAGCAGAAAACAGCAGCAACAAGCCCGAGGAUAAUUACCCAAAGGAUAUCGACUAUAAUCUAAGAAAAGCAAACAUGUUCACCCAAUCCAUGCUGAGAUUCUCCGCUGUGGUGGUCGUGGCUCUCAUUGCUGUCUGCCACACCAGUCCCGUCCCUGACGAGGACCUCAAUGGCAAGUACACGGUUUCAGGGCAAAAUUCUAACGCCGGCAAAUACAGAUCAGUGGAUGACGGACGCUACCAUCCCAGCUCGCAGAAUGAAGGCCGGAGUGGUACACAGGAUAGUUUAGGUCGCUACAAUCACAUGCCUCAGCCCUACACUCAUGUAACGGAUCACCGCGAGCUUGGAGCCUACCAUCACGUUCCCUACCCCUACGACGGUGGCUAUGGGCCAUAUGCCGGACUCAAUCUGCCCUACGUCCACGAUGCCAAGCCCUACAACCACGAUCUGUACACAUCCACGACGACGACAACGACGAAGAAGCCGACUACAACGACAAAGCGGACCACCACCACCACCACCACGACCACGACCACGCCCAGGAACAUCCUCUACAACUACGACGAUGAGGGACGCCACAAGAUUCUGCACCAGGAAGAGAUCCGCAAGAAGGACAAAUACGAUCAUGCUUUCCUGACCGAGAACGGCAUCUACGGCGAGGAGGAGGCCAAGAUCCAUCACACCGGCGGCACACACGCCAAGGGAUACUACGAGUACACCGGCGAUGAUGGCAUGCUGUAUCGCGUCAACUACGCCUCGAACGAUGGAGGCUUCAUGCCCGAGGGCGAUCAUAUUCCCACUCCUCCCCCCAUUCCCGAGGCCAUUGCACGCGCCCUGAAGUACGUGGAGGAGCAGCACAAGGCCAAUGGUGGAGCCCAGUUCGAUCAUCGUGGCUUCCGCAUCAACCACAUGACCAAGGACAUCAAAGCCCAAAUCAAGUCCAUUCAUCUGGAGCGCAUGCCUAAGGAGUUGAGUGACCAGAUCCGUAUGCUCGAGCACGAGGUCGAGCUGGCCGAGGAGGAGGAGCGCGAGGAGGAACGUGCCGAGCAGGAGCGGCAGAAGCGUAAGCGCCUGUCCGACGUACAUCCCACAGUGCAGCCAGUUGUGCCCCACUAGGUUCGCUCUCAGACUUGCCUCAUCAACAGCCAUAAGGUCCCUCUACCUCUACCAACCACCCUCCCGCCCACCCAAACAAUCCUAGUCCAACCACCAACACCCCACCAUUCCCUUGCAUUUGCCGAGUGAUCAUCGGGCAAACCCUAUAACAAGCCAUCGAAAAAAUCCAGGAAAAAAUCCACAAAAAAAGGAAAAGGAAGGAGACAAAUGGAGGAAUCGAAUUGUAGUCGUAUAUGUAGUACUCUCCUAUGUUAUUUCGUAUUUAUUUAUCUAUCUAACUCAAUGUGACAACGUUGCUAAGCAUAAGAUAAUUAAUAUUUGUUACUUUAUAUAUCAAAAUACACACCCAACUAUGAUAUCUGUUA